AUGCGCUUCACAGUUAUUCUUCUAGCAGGCACUGCUGUCGCCCUUACGGACAUCGAGCAUAAGCCUUUCAUGCGCAAGAACAUCGACCCCAUCGUUUUCCCGGGGGAAUAUAUAUCGCAUAUGCAUUCAUUCUAUGGCUCUGAUGCUAUCACUAAGGAUCUUCCAACGACAGAGCAAUUGCAAAAUGGUUGUCCAUCUGGCGAAAACCCGAAUGAUUUGUCCAUAUACUGGGCCCCUACCCUUUACUACGUGAACGGUGAUAACUACACCGAGGUCUAUCCUGCGACCUUCAAGACGUACUACGAAAACAUCGACAAGGCGGAGAUCCCGUUCCCUCGAGACUUCCAUGCCGUCGCCGGAAGUGCUUCUGCCAAAACCCAGGCAGAUAUCGACGAGAAGAUUACUGCUAUCACCUGGUGGUGUGAUGCUGGUCCCGAAGAUCGGCAGAACAGGCCUCGAGCUGCGCUUCCCCGAGUGACCUGCAGUGCGCAUAUGCAAGCGAUCCUCCGCUUCCCGGACUGUGUGGAUCCAGACCAUAUCACGAACUAUACGUAUGCUGCGGCUAAUGGCGGGCGCUGCCCAGUGGGUAUGAAGCGGAUGCCCUCACUGCGCUUCUCGAUUCGCUAUGAUACGCGUAAAGCAAUCCCACAAGGCUGGAGUGGCGUUCCACCGAUGAAGUUAGCAUGCGGUGAGAUUGGUGAAGGAUACUGUUUACACGGAGACUUCAUCAACGGCUGGUUCGAUGAUGCAGCGCAAAACAUGUUGAAAGCAAAGGGCCAAAGUUUUAUGAGAAUAGACGGAGCGCACGGGAACGGGAAGCAACCUUUCUACACUAAGUGUAAGCCAAAGGACGCCGAUCCUGGGAAUGGCACCAGUGAUUAUCACAAGAGCUUAGAGAUGAUGGGCCAACAUUCGUAA